AACAUCCCCCUGCUAAGUUUGGCUUUUUGGGAUGAACCAAGGUCUGCUCAACCCUCACCUGGACACUUGGGAGGGGGAAGGGGCUGCCUUUGUUCCUAAAAUGGGGUGAAAGCUGACAUCUGGGAGCGCCAGGAUGGCCGAGCUCGGUUCAGACGCGGAUUCCCAAGGAAACCAGGACCCAGCUAGCGCAGAGGCCACCUCUCCAGCGGACUUGAGGCCGAUGGCAGGAGAAGAUCCAGGGGGAUUGUGCCCGCUGUGAAGGAGAAGGUAGUGCGGGUCGGUGGGCAACCCAGGCCAAGCAAGUGAAAAGAAGGCUCUGCCUGCUGCAACCCGUCCCAGCAUCCCCCAGAGGGCCUGCCUGUCAUUCUGACUCUGUGGGUCCCUCUGGAAACGCCUGAGGUUGGUUGGGAAGGAGGCCAAGGCCCACAGCAUGCCCACCCAAGCCCUGCUGCCGCGGCUGCCCUCUCCAGCCCAAGGCAAACCUGAUUCGGGCAAAAGGGCCGGUCAGCCAGCCAGUUCUCCCGUGUCUCCAUCCGGCCAGCCAGCCAGCCAACCAUCGGGAGGCAGAGAAGGAACCUCUGCAAAACCUGUCCCAGGAGAUGGACCUUCCUGGCACCUUUGCCCAGAGGGCUGCCUCAUUCCUGGAAAGCGGGCCAUGGCUGGCAGCGCCGCUCUGCCUCUUCCACGAAAGAAUGCCGAAGUAAAGGGGCACCUUUUCCGGGUGGCAGAAUUCACACCUCAAGUUGCACUGUGGCUCUUGCGCUUGCAAGUGGGUGUUUGGGACCCAGGCUGUCACACUGCCCACGAGGACGCAGCUUCUGGAAAGGCUCCGCAGAGGCCUCUCUCUCCACUCCACUCCACGGGAAAGACAGAACAGGAGCCUCUUCUGAUAAAGAUCCCAGUUUUUCGUUCGGGGGCAAAAUGCGAGCACCCACAAAUAUCUUUAUUUAAGAAAGAAAAAAAAAAGGAAACAGGCCCUGUCAUGGAAUUGAUCCUUUUUUCCUUCCUCUUUCCUGCUUUCCCCCCUCCCUCUUCUCUUUCCCCACUUCUACAGCAUUCACUUUAAAAAAAAUCUCAGCCAAGUGUUGUUUUCUUAGCUUUUCCCUUCAAGGACACUCCCCCCCCCCCCCCCCCCCAGCUGCAAACAAAAGUCUCGGGAUCCGUGGCUAAAACGGCCCUUCUUGGCCUGGGCACGUCAGCCGGUGCUUUCCGUCCCAAAUGUGCCAGCCAGCCAGCCAGCCAGCCAGCCAGCCAGCCAGCCAGCCAGCUUCCAAAGGUACGACGCGGGCAAAGACGGCUUCAUCGACCUGAUGGAGCUGAAACUGAUGAUGGAGAAACUGGGGGCUCCCCAGACGCACCUGGGCUUGAAGAACAUGAUCAAGGAAGUGGAUGAAGAUGUGGACAGCAAGCUCAGUUUUCGGGAGUUCCUUCUCAUCUUCCGCAAAGCGGCCGCCGGGGAGCUGGAGGAAGACAGUGGCCUACACGCCCUGGCCUGCCUCUCGGAAAUCGACGUCUCCACCCAGGGCGUCAAGGGGGCCAAGAGCUUUUUCGAGGCCAAAGUGCAGGCGAUGAACGUGGGUAGCCGCUUCGAAGAGGAGAUCAAGGCAGAGCAGGAGGAGAAGCGGCGCCAGGCAGAGGAGCUGAAGCAGCGGAAGGAGGCCUUCAAGGAGCUGCAGUCCACCUUCAGGCAGUAGCCAGCACCCCUCCCCGAGCCCCCCACCGGACACAGCCCAUCCCCCCGCCACACCCAUCCGCCCCCCUCACCGCAGCCGGUGUUUGCGGGUCAGGUGGCUGCUAGAGGCGCAGGAGCCCGAGGGGUCCCAGUCAGCUGGCGACCCAGCGUGGUUGGUGGGCGAAGAAGGCAGACCUUGGAGCCCCCAGACCCAUUUGGGCCUGAUUUGCACCCCCCUUCCCCCGAGCCAGCCGUUCGGUGUUUCCUUCGCGGCGUUUCGUCUCCCGUCCGUCGGUCUCGUGGUUCUCCGUGUCUCCUGGUCCCAGGUUUGCGGACUCGAUGUGUGAAUCGUUCCAUUCUCCCCCUGGGGUUGUGGUGCAUGGAUGUGGCUUGCUGUUAAAGGCGGGGUGGAGGUCUCCCCACUCCCCCCACCACCCCCGGCUGCUUGUGCCGAAAUGCUGUCUUUGUGUGCGUUGCCUCGGCUGUAUAGAUGUGCUCGGACUGGGGGCUCCAGCUCCUGGGGGUCCCCAGCCAAGUGGGCAGGUGGGGGCGCUGGGGGGGGUCUCCUUUGAGGGAGCCCUUUAUACCACUUUCCCUCAGGGCCCCCGUCACUCUCCUUUCCCACCCUGGCUUUGGAGUUUAGACUCAGCAAAACGUUUAGGGGGCGUCCCCGGCUGUUCUCUGACAGGCAGGGGAUAAUGGGAGCUGGAGUCUGGCACGUCUGCGGGACAGGGUCAGUUUAUAGUUUGUGUGUCUGUGCGUGUGUUUCUGUGUGUGUGUGUUUAUGUCCAGACAAUAAUUUCCAAGUUCUGGAAUUGUGUUGUUGUGUAGAAGUGUUCUGGUGGCAGGAACAGAAGGAGAGGAGAGGUGCCGGAAUCAGGCCCUCCCGAGAGAUUUGGGGCAGGUGGGGCCCCGGGUCCGUUUGAAGCGGUGAACCCUCCAGCCCCGGGAGCUCCACCGGUCGGGGAGGGAUGGGACUGUGUCAAAAUCCCCCAGGUGGGAGUGGCACCUAGAGGUCAUCUAAUCCAACCCACAGCCGAGGAAGACAUUCACAUGGGGCAGUUGGGGACCCAGCUCCUUUUCCACUGCCCCAGACGGCCGGAGGGUUAGGCUGACUGGAGCAUAGAAGGGGCCUCCAGUGGGGCCACUUGCCCACAAGGGGGUCUCUUUCCUAGGUGGGCCCCCUUAGCCAGCUGUGUGAGCUCUGCCAUGGAUGGCCAAAAAAACCCCCACAGCCCACUGAAACAUGGCUUAAUAGCAGCGUCUGAGCCAGAACAUGGUUAAGAAGGCGGUGUGAGGCGUGAACUACUCUGAUGCUAGCUUGUUCAACAAGCCACAAUCCAGGCAGACCUGGCUCAGUACUUUGCAGAGCCCCGUCUAGCUGUAGUUGUGGGAGGGGGGGGCUCCUUCCACACACACACCGCCCCCCCCUUCUCUCCGUGCUUGCUUGCUUGCUUCUGUGCUGAAUUUGUGCUUUUGGGCCCCUGAAGGCUGGCUGGCUCCUUCCUGGGGCCGCGGGAGGGUUUGUGCUCCGCCUGCCCUGGAAGCCACAAGGUCUGCGGGUUGGGAGGCGGCGGCCUUUUUCGGGUUCAGAAGCUGCUCCAUUUCAGUGGUAUGGUUUUAUUUUUUUUACCCAAAUAUAAUUAAAACAGAACUAUAUUUCAUAAAGCUCA